AUGGUUACCGGUGCUCUUGUCUCUACUUUCGUAGAGAGGACUAUUGACACCUUGGCUUCUCUUUUUGGAGACGUAUUUCGUGCACGAAAACACAAUAAGAAGCAACUAAGUGACUUGAAGAUGAAGCUCCUAGCUAUUGAUGUUGUGGCUUUCGAUGCAGAACAAAAGCAGUUCACAGAUUCACGUGUGAGAAAUUGGCUUCUCAAAGCCAAAGAUGUUGUGCUUGAUGCAGAGGAUCUCUUGGAGGAAAUAGAUUAUGAACUCUCCAAAAGCCAAGUGGAAACUGAGUCUCAGAGUGCCACUAACAAGGUGUGGAUUUCCCUCAGAUCUUCUUUUUUCAGUUUCUUUGAAAAUGAAAUUAAAUCCAUGAUGGAACAAGUCAUUGAGGACCUAGAACAUCUCGCAACCCAAAGCUGUUUUCUAGGUUUGAAAAAGGGUAGUGGUGGGGUUGGAUCAGGAUCGGGCAUUAUCUAUACUUUCUAUGGUGGGUUGGUUAAGACCUCACUUGCCCAACAUGCAUUCAAUGACCCAAGGCUUGAAGCUAAAUUUGAUAUUAAAGCUUGGAUCAAUGUUCCACAGGAAUUUGAUGUUCUCAAUGUAUCUAGAGCAAUUCUUGACACAAUUACUGGUUCAACUGAACGCAGUAUGCAACAGGAAGUGAUUCAGAGAAAAUUAAAAAAAAAAAUUAUGGGGAAGAAAUUUCUUCUCGUUUUGGAUGACGUUUGGAAUGAAAAACAAUCUAAAUGGGAAGAGGUGCAGAAGCCCCUAGCUUUCGCAGUGCAAAGCAGUAGGAUUCUCGUCACUACACAGAGUGACAAGGUUGCUAUUACCAUGCGAUCAGAAAAGCACCUCCUGCAAGUAUUGAAAGAAGAUUAUUGUUGGGAAUUGUUUGCAAAACAUGCAUUCCAAGGUCCUAAUCCUCAACCAGAUCUCGAAUUCAUAGUAAUCGGUGAGAAGAUAGUUGAAAAAUGUAAUGGGCUUCCUUUAGCCUUGAAAACAAUGGGAAGUCUAUUGCACAAUAAAUCACUUAUUAGGGAAUGGGAAAACAUUAUGAAAAGUGGGAUAUGGGAUUUUCAGAAAAUGAAAGUGAUAUACUACCUGCUUUAAGACUAAGCUAUCAUCAUCUUCCUUCUCAUCUGAAGAAAUGUUUUGCCUUUUGUGCUUUAUUUCCCAAAGGUUGUAAGUUUGACAAGGAGUGUUUAAUUCAACUAUGGAUGGCUGAAAAUUUUCUAGAAAGCCUCUACAGAAAAAGCAUCCUAAAGAAGUUGGUGAACAGUAUUUCAAUGAUUUGUUAUCUUGGUCCUUCUUUCAAAAAUCCACCAAUGAAGGGGAAAAGUAUUUUAUCAUGCAUGACCUUUUAAAUGAUUUGGCAAAAUACGUUUGUGAGGACAUAUAUGCAUGAGGUUAGGAGUUGAUGAACCAAAAGGUAUAUCCAAAACAACUCGUCAUCUUUCAUUUUCAACCACUCGUGCUAAGCAUUUUAAAGGGUUUGGGAGUUUCAAUGAUACUCAAAAGUUGCACACAUUUAUACAAACAUAUUGGAGAAUGAAUCUUCCUUUUGGUCGCUCUUGGUAUUGUAAGAUGUCGAUAGAUGACUUGUUCUCCAAAUUUAAGUUCCUACGUGUUUUAUCUUUGUGUAAGUGUGGUAACAACAUUGCGAGAAAGAAUUUCAUGUUUUCAAAUACAGAAUUGUCCGUUGUUGAAACAACAUUGCGAGAAAGGAGGAGGCGAAGACUGGGAGAAGAUUGUUCAUAUUCCAAAUUUGUAUAUAUAGAGUAGUAUUGUUGUUUGUUUUGGAUGUGUUACGCGGGAAAAAAAAUUAUUUAGUUGUCAAAGUAAAAUCAAAUGUAUAGAAGUCUCAUACUUA